UGCGCAUGACCAAUAAAAUAUGUAUCUACACGACAGUGCGUUAUCGCAGUGAUUCAGUGAUAACUUAAUCUGCUUAAUCGAUGUGGUAAGGGUAACGGCGGCCACCGAACGAAUAAUUGCAAGUGCAUCCGUGGUGUUGUUAAUCCGUCGUCAUCGCAAACGAUUCUUUCUAGUUGUCUACAAUUCUACAACAAUCAUCGCGACGUCGGUGCGAUUGACCGACACUUGUUUCGCGUCCCUCGCAACUCGGUCACCGUUAACCAUUACCGUGUUUUAGCGAGACCAUUGUGAUCGUUUCGUUCGGCAUUCGUUGUGAUCGGUCGUUUUCUAUCGUUGUAUCCGGCACGAUCUGUAAUCCAGAAGUGAGACGGGCGCGGCGUUUUGUCAUUUCUGUUUACUGUGCGGCGGCAAUUAUAAACUUUGAGGGAUCGUAACUGCUGAUGCGUGUAGCGUGAACCUUUCACUGCUGCUAUUGAUUUCGAUGAAUUUUCACUGUCAACAUAGGUGCUAAUACCUAAGUUAUUACUACUGCUGAGAGUAUAAUCCCGGUUACAGUGGUAAAACCACGCAUGGAAGGUUCGACACUGUAUGGUUUAAUCACAAAGAACACUUACAGUAAACAAAACAAUAUUUUUUGUAAAUCAACGCGCAACUAAAUUGAAAUGGAAGGUGUACCACGAUUAUAUAUGAUUGGCUUACCAGCCAAACAGUGUGUUUACAACCAGAAACCUGAUUUUUCAUCAGCUUUAAAUCAUGAAAUACAAAAAUCAUAUGACCGAGAUCCCAGUUUGUAUUCUGCUGACAUUGACACAUUACUUGGACUCAGACAAUCUGCUAUGAAUGUCAUGAUGUCAUCAGCUUGCAGUGUAGAAGAGUGCACAGCAUUAAAACGUUACUAUGCAAACCUUGUUCGAUUAACAGAUAAGUUUCCUAAACUGUUGCAGCAACAAGGUACAGGACUAAAAGAAUCUUAUGAUGAUGUUGAAGUUGGGACGGCUAGAGAAUCAAAACCAUUGAUAUUUAAAUGGAAACGAGCUCUUGGUGGCAAAACAAACCUACAGCAUCAAAUGAAAAAUAAUGUGGACGCUACAUCUUUAGUUGAUAAUGGCAAUAUUGGAUAUGAGAUGAGGUGUGUGUUGUAUAAUGUGGGUGCGGCUCAUAGCCGGCUAGCUGCAGCACAGGAUAGGUCACCACCAUUAGUAUCGUCCAGUAUGCCAACAACAGUUGAUGGAGAAAUUCCAUCAAACAAUGCUCUUAAGAUAGCUUGCACACACUUGCAGUGUGCUGCAUGGGCUUUUCAGCAAUUGCUUGGUGGAGAUGGAUCCAAUAAUGAACAAACUAAGUGGAACCAUCGACAGCAGCCGCAAGUUGCAAGCCGUGCAGCUCUUGAAUUUGCAUACAAUGUGACACUAGCACAAGCCCAAGAGUGCAUACUGGAGAAAAGCAUGAUGGAUGGCCGAAAACCUCUUAUAAUAGCUAAAGUAUCAGCUAUGAUAUGUGAGUAUUUUGCUGGAGCAGUGGAUGCAGUUCAAAGAGUGGAACGAGAGCCGUAUUGUAUAAGCACCAAUAGGCUUGAGAAGUGGAGACUAUACUCUGAGUUCAAAUGCAGAUAUUAUGGUGCAGUAACUGCCCUAUUUCAGGGACAACAUGUCCAGGAUCAGCUGCAGCAAAUGGGGACCCGUGUGUCAUAUUACCGACGAGCAGUAAAUUUGCUCGGCCGAGCUGGUUUGAUAUCGGAAAGUGGUGGUAAAACAGCAGCAUCGAUGUCUAAAGAUGAAGAUUCAGCAGAUGAUGACUACUACUAUUACUUACAAUCAGAACAUGGACGCUCAGGCGCUGGUCGAUCUGCGGCUGCCAAAGAAUUGGAGAUGCGAAGAGAUACUUUGUCAUUUGCAAUGGAUGUGGCUGCAGCAAAGUGGCGAGCAGCUAAGUCAGAAAAUGAGCUUAUCUAUCAUGAACCUGUGGUUCCUGUGCUGUCUGAUGACGAUGAUAGUGAUUGUUUAGGAAAUACUUCAUCUAAAACCAAUAUUAAUCGUCGUCAGUUAGAUAGGGUCAAGGGUGCAUCUCUGGUCAAGCCUAUAGCAUUUGGUGUUGAUGAUCCUGAGCUAUUAACUGUUGUUCUGGUCUCCAAUAAUAAUGAGUCAUCUAAUGUUACUACAACUACAUUAUUCAAAGAUCUAGUGCCUACAAUUACCCGUCAUCGAGCUGCAAUGUACCGAACAGAGAAGUGCAACCUUGAAGCAGAUAUGCAAUCAUUGUGCCAAGAAGCAGAUGACCGUUUAAAUGAAUUCUCAGACACAUUACAUCUAGAGUGCUUAGAAAUGUAUAAAGGCAAAAAUAGUGAAUUUAGCGAUGGUAGUAAUGAAAAUAAUGAUGUAUCAGAACUCCCACAACAAUUGGUAAAUUGUUGUGCUGCAUAUCAAGCCUUAUUGCAACAACAACAAGAAAAGAAUGGAACUACAUCUAGUGCAGUUGAAGAAGAUCAGUUGGACAUUGACAUGGCUCGACUAUCAGCUGCGGUCCAAGCUGUAGAUGGUAUGCUGGAUGAAAUAGAUAGAUUUCUAAAGACUGAAGAACUUGGGGACUCCGAAUAUCGGCGUACGGUUGGUCGUCCAUAUGAUUACUCUGCUGGUAGGAUGCGUGAAUUACGCCGAGAAGCUUCCCGGUAUAGAGAAGCACACGUUGGCCGGGCACGAGACAGCUGGGUGACUCUUAGUCGAGCAGUACGGGAUCGUCGUCGCCGGGACCUAGAGCUGCUAGCAUUACCACCGGCUGAACUAGCGGCACGCUUACCGCCAGCUCGUCCUGCGAUAUCUGCCAUCGCGUCUGAAGUUGCUGCCUCUGGUUCUGUGGAAUCGUCUUAUGAUGCUGUAGAAUCAUCGGACCAAAAUGAAGACUCUGAAUCAGACGAUGGUAGUGAUAGUCGAUUACGAAUGUUGCAACGAGAAUCAAUAAAACGUUUGGAUCGGCUUAAUAUGGUAGUUGGCAAAAUGAAAGAAGUACGUGAGCAACGCCAGACGCUAUUGGUCCGACUUCGAGACGAAAUGAACCGAGAGGAUAAGGACGCCGCAGCUGCAGGGAUGGAAGAAGCAGAAAUGCUAGGAGAACUACGAGGUUCUGAUGUUGAUGUUACUGUGGCGGUGAAAAAAAGAUUGGAUGAUCGCUACGGAAAUUUGGUAAGCAUGAUUGAUCAGAACCUGUCAGCCCAACUAAACAUUUUGGAUGCUGUGAGGUCGGCAUAUGCACGAGCUGCACCUGAACGACGAGCAUUUGCCAAUGCCAUGCAACGACGUCGGACUCUUGUAUCGUCUUUAUUAGAUGCAUACGAAAGUUUUGUGGUUUCCAAUGGUGGGACACCAUUAGAAACUUGUGGUGAAACUAUGGCAGCAUCACCGAACUGUGGACUACUUCCAGACGCGGUUCUAGCUGAACGGUGUGCAAAGGGCUUAGAUUUCUAUCAACGAUUGUUGACUAACGUAUCAAAAUUAUUACAACGUGUAAAAGGCACGUGCCAAGUGCAAACCGAACAACGGGAUCAGAUGAUAAAACAACAUCAAAAGUGGGAAGCCACGACACAAGAUUUGGAUGAUGACUCAACUGCCACAAUUGGUGGUCUUGAUGAUUUACUUGCUGCUGUCUCGGGCAUUGAUGAUCAAGAUCAUCAACAGGAUGACUUGGCUGCUUUGAUUAAAAGUUUUGGCAGUAGUGGUGGACCUAAUAAGCCAGUUGCACCUCUUGGAAGCAGUCAUUGGGACGAGCAGCAUAACCAUCUUCGCAGACUUUCACCUCUUGGAUCUGAACAGCAACAACAGCAAAAACAAUAUUAUCACCAGUACCGUCAUAAUCAAGUACAACUACCGCCGUCAUCUUCAUUUAACCCCAAUGAUGGUAGCAUUCAAUACUAUGCUAACAAUCUACCUUCUACAAAAGGAACUUAUAAUCGUCAUAACAGUCAGCAACAGCCAGCAUCUGCAAUAUCAACACAUUAUUCAUAUCCAACUGCUUACAAUGUUUCUGCAGGUUCAACAGCACUGACAGCACCAGAAAAUUCUUCUACUUCAUCACUUCCAUCUCCUUCGAUAUCGUCAUCAUCUAUCCCUUAUAACUAUUAUAAUUAUCAAUUACUCACAAGUAAAUCUGCACUACCAUCAUCAUCAUACAACAACAUUAUGACUGCUGCAGCUACUAGUGGUGAUAUUGAUUUACCCGCGAUGCCUUUGAUGAAUGCUCUCCAUUUGAAUGAUAAUAAUGGCAGUAGCCAAAACGUAAUUUCUUCUUAUAGUCAAAGUAGUAGUAGUGAUGUCUUCCCAAAUGCAGCAGCAGCAGUUGCAGUUUUGCAACGGCCUCUACCAUCACAAUACAGUGGUAUUGGUUAUGGCGCUGCCAGUGGUUAUGGUUAUCACCAUCCUCAUACAUUAUUAGCAUCACGACAGCAACAGUUUUAUCCGCCACAAAAGUACCAACAACAAAAUUCAACAGCGGCCACCAAUGCUGGUGCGACAAAUGUUGGAACAGCAGGUGUAUUUGUACAACAAAAUCAACAGCAAUUAAUAGGGGGAAAUAAUGGUUUAUCUGCUGGUAUACAGUCAUCAUUGCCGAUGUCUUCACCUCCAAUUUCGACAGCUAGUGUUAACAGUAGUAGUCUAUCAGCAGUAACACAAUCGUCUUCCAUUUCCACUAGUGGUGGUACAUCAACUGUUGCCAAUUUCUAUCAUCAAUUACCAUCACAAUUGCUACAGCAACAGCAGCAGCAACAACAACAACAGCAGCAGCAGCAGCAGCAACAACAACAACAACAGCAGCAGCAACAACAACAACAACAACAGCAGCAGCAACAACAACAACAACAGCAGCAGCAACAACAACAACUUCAAAUGUAUCAACAGCAACUACAGGAACAGAAACCUCAGCAACAGAUACCACAGCAGCCACAUUUGUACCAACAGCAAAUGCAGCCUCAAUUGUAUCCACAGCAGCAUCCUCAACUGUACCAACAACAAACACAAACACCUCAGAUGUAUCAACAGUUACAACAACAACAACAGCCCCAGCAAUUAACAACUUCAGUCGGAAAUACUACUGCUAAAUUUUACUAUCCAUCACCACUACAGCAACAAGCUUCCCAACUGUACCAACCACAUCAUCAGCAACAACUUCAAAUGCAACCACCAUCGAUUUUGACGACCUCUGCAGUAACUAGUAGUUUGCAGCAACAACCGUCAUUGUCAAACAACACUACUAGUAUUGGCAGUAGUUAUUAUCAACAACUCCAACAUCAUCCACCAACAACGGUGAUGCCAGCAACUACGUUUAAUACGGUACCAACAACUCCUAAUAAUUAUAUUUAUCAGCAGCCGCCAAUGGCGACAGUAUCCUUCAACCAACAUCAACAGCAGCCACAGUAUUAUCAACAACAGUUUCCUAUAGUUGGUGAUGGUAGUGGUGUUGGUAUGGGCGGUAGCUUGGCCACUAUGACAUCAACUGUUACUCCAAUCCUAAAUUUGUUGGACGAUGAUCUGGUAAUAUCGGGCCCACCACCAAUUCAACCAGAAAAAAUUGGCGUCAGUAGUGUCAGUGAUACCGUUACUACAUCAGCCAAUAUCAGUAAAAAAUGACUUUGCUGUUUGAGAAACCAAUAGCUGUUUAUAAUUUUUAAAUUUUUAAACUUAUUAUUUGUGCCACAUUUGUUUUUUUAUAUAUGCCAGUGAAUGUAUUUGUUUUAUCAACAUCAAUUAUUAUGUUUAAGAAUGUUAAAACGAAUCAUCACUGUGCAUUGUGAUUUUUAUUAUCUUAAAUUUCUAUCUUAUUCCAUUAUGAUUAUCUUUAAUAUUUUAUUGCAAAACUACUAUUUCAUUUAUUAACAUAUACAUAUAUAUAUAUAUAUAUAUAUAUAUAUUUAUAUUAAAAUAUAUUUCUUUAUUUUUUGUUAUGUGUGCUGGUAACUGGAUUGGUUGCAAUUGUUAUUAUUUUAUUAUGUAUAGUGGUUAUUAUUAUUAAUUAUAAAACAAUUUUAUCUUUUAUAUACAUGCUCAUUGUUUGUUUCGCACAUAAUUUAUUUAUAUUUUAAUUUUAAUUUACGUAAUUAUUAUAAAUUACAAUAUAACCAAGUACACUAUAUAAUUAAUAAUUUUAUUAAUUUUACAUGAAAGCUAAUGUCAUUAAUUUUGAUAAUCUGAAAUAUAUUUGGCAUUAGCUUUUAAGAAAAAAUUGCUUUUACAAAUAUAGUAGAACGGCAUAUAAA